AGUGAUCAACGUAAUUUGAAUACGUUUGCCGACAACAUGAACAACCCUGGCCACUCAGCUCUUCCCAUCGACGAACAGACGACCUCUGCCGCUUGGCCGUGCCCCCCUCCGAUCAGCGUUUUCGUUCGCGACAAUGCCGGCGCGACAUGGCACGACUGGCUGAACAUGCUGGAUGCUCUGGAAGCCGGUCUCCAAGAAAUGGACUACAAGGACGAGAAUUGGAAAAAAACACAGGCUAAUCUCAAGCGUGCACGUACGUUGUAUGAUGUUUUCCAAGCGGAACUCGCGAAGAACGAAAAGUGCAUUGAGAAGAUAUUCUCAGCGCAUGGCAGUAUGGCCAAUGCUCAAGACACAGGCUUCCAAGUGCAGCAAAAUUUGGUCCAAAAGUUGUUGGGAAAAAGGAGUGCCAAUGUCUUGGAUGGCAACCGCGGUCUUCUUCAAAUAUCAACGGCAUGCGCUGGCCUUGGCGAGGCAGCACAAGCUGCAGCUGGAGACCAACGUGCAGGAGAUCCUUGCGCUGUCACACACGCUGCUCAUCAAACCAAUGCAGCAUACCCAGGAGAUGCUGCACUAUUUCGAAGAAGAACGCCUGGAUCACAUCCGCGCGAUCGGGCUGGAAACAGUGGGUUACCAGCCCCAUCCUCUCUCGCAAGACCUCGAAGCCUUGAUGCGAAGCGUCUCCAAGCAGGCUCGAGCAUCGGGGAAAUUUGA